ACCUAGGUGGAUACUUGGGCGUAAUUCUAACUGUACCAUGGUGCCUUUGUCCAGCCUAAAACUUUGGUCCAGAGGUGACGCUUUCUGUUUCCGGUGUCAAAGCGAGGCCAGCCCAUGCGCUCUCUUUUCCGAAAUCGCCAUCAUGGGAUUCGCAAACAUUUGGAAUGCGCAUCCAAGAAAAUUCGGGCCUGGCUCCCGUUACUGCCGUGUUUGCAAGAACACUCACGGAAUCAUCCGUAAAUAUGGCCUGAACAUGUGCAGAAGAUGCUUCAGAGAAUAUUCCGAUGAUAUCGGUUUCAAGAAGUUGGAUUAAAUGCUGUUCCAAUUUUCUAAAGACUUGAGAAGAAAAAAAAUGGGAAAAAAUCCACAGAGGAAUGAAUGAAAGAGAUGAAACAUUGCCUGGAACCAAGAAAUGUGUACCAGAGACAUUGCUCUUAAAGAUCUAAUAAAUCCUUCUUACCUCUAGA